UCUCAUCUUCGUCUUCAUCUUCAUCUUCAUGGCAUCUCUUUUUCCCUCCACUCCCCAUCCCAACACCGACCCAGAAAUAAACGUCGCAUUAGAAAUUGAAACCGGAAAUCCGGUUCAAAACAAAAGAGACGUUGAUGCAUUUAAAACGGCGACGGUUCAGAGGCGGUCGGAGGAUGGUGUUUUCCUGACAUGGGAGGAUCUGUACGUGACUGUUUCCAACGGAAAAAAUGGCACGAAAGUGAUCCUUCAGGGCCUAACCGGUCAUGCCCGACCCGGAGAGCUUCUCGCCAUAAUGGGUCCUUCCGGUUGCGGCAAGUCCACGCUUCUUGAUGCAUUGGCCGGGAGGUUGGGUUCGAACAUAAGGCAAACAGGAGAAAUUCUGAUCAAUGGUCGUAAGCAGGUCCUCGCUUAUGGAACUUCGGCGUACGUAACACAAGAUGACACUCUGAUGAUGACUUUGACGGUGAGAGAAGCCGUGUACUACUCGGCUCAGCUCCAGCUACCGGACUCCAUGACUAAAUCGGAGAAGAAGGAGAGAGCAGACACGACUAUGAGGGAGAUGGGUUUGCAGGAAUCAGUGAACACCAGAAUUGGCGGGUGGGGAGUGAAAGGCAUCAGCGGCGGACAGAAGAGGAGAGUUAGCAUUUGCAUGGAGAUGUUGACGCGCCCGAAGCUUCUGUUUUUGGACGAGCCGACGAGUGGGCUCGACAGUGCAGCGUUGUAUUAUGUGAUGAGUGGAAUCGCACGACUCAGUCAGAGAGAUGGGGUCAGAAGAACCAUUGUCGCCUCCAUUCAUCAGCCCAGCAGUGAAGUCUUUCAGCUCUUCCACCAUCUGUGUCUCCUGUCUUCUGGUAAAACCGUUUAUUUUGGUCCUGCUUCUGAAGCAAAUGAGUUCUUCGCUCUAAGUGGUUUCCCCUGCUCUACUCUCCAAAAUCCAUCCGACCACUACCUGAAAACCAUCAACAAGGAUUUCGACAAGGACAUCGAAGAGGGUGUGCCUGGAGCAAUAUCCGCAGAGGAAGCAAUUGAAAUACUUAUAAGGUCGUAUGAAUCAACAGGCAGGCGGCAACAAGUAACAAAGGAAGUAGCUGAAAUACGUAAACAAAGCUAUGGAGAAAUGGAGAGGAAGAGAAAGCGUGCAAGCUUCAUUAAUCAAUGUCUUGUUCUGACAAAAAGAUCUUUUGUGAACAUGUUUCGUGAUUUGGGCUACUAUUGGCUGCGGCUAGCAAUAUAUAUUGCAUUAGCUGUAGGCCUUGGUACUGUGUUUUACAAUAUUGGGGAUGGUGAUGGCUCAGUGCAGGCUAGAGGUUCAUUGGUGACCUUUAUAGCUUCAUUUCUGACAUUCAUGGCCAUUGGUGGAUUUCCAUCCUUUGUGGAGGAUAUGAAGAUAUUUGAAAGAGAAAGAUUAAACGGGCAUUAUGGUGCUACUGCAUUUGUAAUCAGCAACACACUCUCUGCCCUCCCAUACCUUGUCCUGGUUUCAGUCAUUCCUGGAGCAAUUGCUUAUUUCCUCCCUGGCCUUCGCAGCGGCCUACAAUUCUUUCUCUACUUUGCUCUUGUGCUUUUUGCUUCCAUGGUGCUGGUGGAGAGCCUGAUGAUGAUUGUUGCAAGCAUCGUGCCCAAUUACCUCAUGGGCAUAAUAACUGGUGCAGGAAUUCAAGGCCUAAUGAUCUUGGUCGGUGGAUUCUUCAGAUUGCCAAACGAUCUUCCAAAGCCAUUGUGGAAAUACCCUUUGCAUGAAAUCGCUUUUCACAAGUAUGCCUACCAAGGAAUGUUCAAAAACGAGUUUGGAGGGAAAAUGUUUCCCAAUCACCAAAAUGGAGAUGAUAUUCUGAGAAACACGUGGCAUGCUGAAAUGGGUUAUUCCAAGUGGGGUGAUCUUGCCGUUUUGCUAGGGAUGAUUGCCUUUUAUCGACUUCUGUUUCUGGGCAUUGUAAAGGGUACCGAGAAGUUCAAGCCUUUGAUGAUUAAGGCUUUCAUGUCAAAGAAAAAUACGCAGGUUAUGAUGAAUCCUUCUUCUACACCCUUGCAUGGAGGGAAGCUGUAGGGCUUGUUUGGUAAUGGUGUAGGUUUCUUAAAGCUGCUUUUGGUGUGGGGGGAGUUGCUGUGUAGAUCGAUCAGUAGCUGAGAAAGCUAGCUGUUUGGUGUAUUUUGCAAAAUGUAAAAACUAGUAUUAGCAGUUGAAUGCAUGCUUUAUAAAUGUUGUAGUGUCUGAGAUUAUCGAAGCAGACAUAAUUAUCUAAAA